CGGCCACACUGCAGCUGAAGGUGUUUAGAACUGACCUUCAAACUAGAGAUGCACAUGGACUCUGGCCGCUGGGAUCAGGUGAUCCUGCUCCAGCAGUCCACGACAGGUGAUCUGGUACCAUGUGACGCUCACAGAGUGGAGAUCCCCAGGAGAGAGAUGGAGGUGGUCCGGGGCCAGAUGGUGGUGCUGCAGGCGUGGUACAGCCCCAACUCAGACAUCAGCAUGAACUCUGUGGUUUGGUACUUUGUGGGAAACGAUUCCAAGCAGGUGAUAAACUUCAGUUCGGGUGAAGUCGGACACGGCCAGAACGACUUCACCAGCAGAGUCGGUUUCAGCGCCACCAUGCCAUCGGCCAACCUCUCCAUCUAUAUCAACGACACCCACGAGUCUGACUCCGGACGCUACUUCUGUACCGUCAUUGUCCCAAAAGGUGCUGGCAUUUCUGGAGAGAUACUUCUUAAUGUCAAAGUUCCUCCUUCUCCUCCAGAGUGCUCAGUGACGGGGAACCCAGUGGUGAAGGGAAACGUGACCCUGAGCUGCAGGUCCCAUCAUGGAAAACCUGCUCCUCAGUACAAAUGGACUAAAGCUGCUCCCAUGUCUGAGGUCUACUUCUCCCCUAUGCAAAAUGAGAGACAAGGCACCCUGCGGCUAAGCAACCUCACCAAGAGCAUGUCAGGAAAAUACAUCUGCCGCUCCAGCAACACCGCCGGCUCCAGCAGCUGCACCAUUAACCUGGAGGUCAUCACCGCAUCCAACACAAGAAUAAUUACAGCAGCUACACUGGGCUCGGUGGUGGGACUGGUUGCCAUGGUGAUCUUCCUCAUUGUCAUCCUGAGGAGGAGACGGAACACUGAAGAGGAGAUGGCAAAUGAGAUCAAGGAGGACGCUCAGGCUCCGAAACGAGUAUCAUGGGCAAAGAGUAACACAGGCUCAGACAUUGUGUCUAAGAACGGGACUCUGUCCUCGAUAGCUACAAGUCCUCGACCGCGGGAGCCCCAUCAGCCCAACUUCCACUUCCCCUAUUCGCCCAUGUCGGCUUCGGACACCGGCUCUGUGAUCAACGCCUACCAGCUGCGACCCGGGGAAGCAAACCCGCUCCAGGGACUUCCAGGGUACAACAUUGGAGGGACGCCUUCUCGGAAACACAAGCGACCUCCCAGUACAAACGGAGGCCCCCCGCAGGCGCUCCGGAGCCCCGUAGUUUGCGUCUCCAAGAGGAUUGACGGGGCUCAGCCUCAGGUUCCUCCCCCGCUCACUGCGUCCUCACAAAUCAGCUCCUCAGCACUGUCACGCAUAGGAGCUGUCGCCAUCCUGGUGCCUGCUCAGAGCCACGCCGGAUCGCUGGUGUAGCCCAGAAAAAAC